AUGAAGUUCGGUAAGAGCCUGAGCAACCAGAUCGACGAGACCCUGCCGGAAUGGCGGGACAAGUUCUUGUCCUACAAGGAGCUCAAGAAGCGGUUGAAGCUCAUCGAACCCAAAGCUGGCGACCGCCCCGCCAAGCGCCCCAGAAUUGACGCCUCCGCCGCCGAUUUUAACGACGGCGGCAAUAAGGAGGGCAUUUCCGCGGCGGAGAUCAAUUUCAUUCAGUUGUUGGAGGACGAGCUCGAGAAAUUUAACUCCUUCUUCGUCGAGAAGGAGGAAGAGUACAUUAUUAGAUUGAAGGAGAUACAAGACAGAGUAGCGAAAGCAAAGCCUUACAGCGACGAGAUUAUUAAGAUCCGCAAGGAGAUUGUGGACUUCCAUGGAGAGAUGGUUUUGUUGGAGAAUUACAGCGCCCUCAACUAUACAGGAUUGGUAAAGAUACUGAAGAAGUACGAUAAACGAACAGGUGCUCUUAUGCGCUUGCCCUUUAUCCAGAAGGUCUUGCAACAGCCUUUCUUCACCACCGACUUGCUCUACAAGCUCGUGAAGGAGUGUGAGAUAACGCUUGACCAGCUCUUUUCCAUGAACGUUGAUCCCGUAUCAACUGAAGGAUCUUAUGGGGAUGACGGGCGCAAUCCUUCAACUUCUGCCCCUACCAAGAGUGAUGGUAUUAGCAGAGUAUCCAGAGAACUUUCAGAGAUAGAGUAUAUGGAGAGCUUGUACAUGAAAAGUACAAUAUCGGCAUUGCGCGCGUUAAAGGAAAUUAGGAGCGGAAGCUCAACGGUUAGCGUCUUCUCGUUGCCGCCGCUGCAAACAAGCGGAUUGGAAGACGCAUGGAAAAAAGCCCCUGUUCUGGAACAAGUUGCCAAGUAGCUAGAUUGAUAGGUUAUGGAAAUUAAAUUUGGGGGACUAGUAUGUUGCCCUUUUUAUUUUUGUUUCUGUUAAUUAAUUUUUAAAAUUUCAAAUGCAUCUGCUAUGCAUGCUUUUUUAUAUACCAACACAGAUGUAAAGUGCAAAAUGUUAGCUGGACUGAGUUCAGACUGUUCAGUAGUAUAAUUAAGUUCUGUAAAAUAAACUAUUUGGCUUAAUAGAAGUAUAAUGUUCCCCAA